GUCAUUUGCCUGUCGACAGGAAGUGAAGCGUGUUUUUAGUGUGACCUGUGCGGAUUACAGCAUGCCUAGUCUACUGUAGAAAGAUACAUUGAAGUUGACUAGCGAAAAUUAAAAAUAGGUAGCUAAUUCAAAAUUUGUUUGUGGGGAAUUGUGUGUUGUGGAGAAUGCGUGUGGUUUACAAACAGGCAAAUUUCUUUGGAGAGGAUAAUAUCAACAGGAACACAUGCAUCUGCUGUGUGGAAUUCUGAAUAUCCAGUCACAUGUUACUGGGUUAGGUUUUAGAAAACACGGGGACAGAUAUUUCUGGUCAACGGAGGGACGUCAGCAGACAGAGAGUGAACAAUGCCCUUACCAUUUGGAUUGAAACUAAAGAGAACACGAAGGUACACGGUCUCCAGCAAAAGCUGCCUUGUUACGCGCAUCCAGCUGCUCAACGGCGAAUUUGUUGAGUUCACACUUUCUGUGGAGAGCGUCGGUCAGGAAUGUCUGGAAGCUGUUGCUCAGAGACUAGAGCUACGAGAGGUGACAUAUUUCAGUCUCUGGUACUUCAACAAGCAAAACCAACAGAGAUGGAUUGACUUGGAAAAGCCGCUGAAAAAACAGCUGGACAAAUAUGGCUUGGAGCCCACGGUUUACUUCGGAGUAGUGUUUUAUGUGCCAAGUGUGGGCCAGUUACAGCAGGAGAUAACAAGAUACCAGUAUUACCUUCAGCUGAAGAAAGAUAUCUUGGAAGGCCGAAUACCUUGCUCCAUAGAGCAGGCCAUACGGCUGGCUGCCUUAGCUGUGCAAGCUGAUUUUGGUGACUUCAAUCGCUAUGAAUCCCAGGAAUUUCUGCAAAAGUUUGUGUUGUUUCCUAUUGGAUGGAUCCAAGAUGAAAGAGUGCUGGAAGAAGCCACUCAGAAAGUGGCCUUGCUCUAUCAGAAGUACAGAGGCCUGCCAGCCCCAGAGGCUGAAAUGCUGUACAUGCAGGAGGUGGAGAAGAUGGAAGGCUAUGGCCAGGAGAGUUAUCAAGCCAAGGACAGCCAAGGCACUGAUGUGCUCAUCGGGGCAUGUCUGGAUGGGAUCUUUGUGAAGCACAAAAACGGCAGGCCUCCCGUUAUAUUUAGGUGGAAUGACAUUAACAACAUGACUCACAAUAAGUCUUUCUUUGCUCUGGAGCUGGCGAACAAAGAAGACACCAUUCAGUUCCAGACUGAGGACAUGGAAACAUCCAAAUACGUGUGCCGGAUGUGCCUGGCCCGGCACAAGUUUUAUAAGAUAAACAAAAGCAGUCUAGAGGAGAGCGAAGCCCCGCCUUCUGAGAGCUCCCAGAAGUCUAUUCUCACUCUUUCCUUUCCUCGCUUUCCAAUGCUUUCCCGUCCUUCUCUGCCUUCUAUCAAGGGCCAAACUCAGGCUGCUGCCGUCAACCCUGUAAGACGAAGAUCAUCCACCAGGCUUUCUCUGCCAAAACCUCAAGCGUACAUGAUGGGUCCCCCACAGAUGCAUUACAAUGGCCAUUACACUGAACCAUACACAUCAUCCCAAGACAACCUUUACAUGAACAAUCAGAACGGCUACUACUACCACUCGCAGACCAGCCUGGACCGCUCGCCGCACGAGUACAACGGAAGGAUCCGGAACGGCAGCGUGUACAGCGCCCAGAGCACCAGCUCGCUCAACAACCCGCAGCACUACCUGCAGCCGUCGCCCAUGUCGUCCAACCCCAGCAUCACGGGCAGCGACAUCAUGCGGGCCGACUACGUGCCCUCGCACCGCCACAGUGCGCUCAUCCCGCCCUCGUACCGCGCCACGCCCGACUACGAGACGGUGAUGCGGCAGAAGACCCGGGGCGGCCCGCCGGCCGAGCGGCAGAGCCACUCCAUGCGCAACCUGAACAUCGGCAGCUCGUACGCCUACAGCCGGCCCGACCCGCUGGUGUACAGCCAGCCCGAGAUCCGCCAGCACGGCCAGCCGGGCCACUACCCCUUCCACCUCAACUACAGCUUCCACAGCCCCUCGCCCUACCCGUACCCGGGCGAGCGCCGGCCCGUGGUGGGCGCCGUCAGCGUGCCCGAGCUCACCAACGUGCAGCUGCAGGCGCAGGAGUACCCCGCGCCCAACAUCAUGCGGACCCAGGUGUACCGGCCGCCGCCGCCCUACCCGUACCCGCGGCCCGCCAACAGCACGCCGGACCUGUCGCGCCACCUGUACGUGAGCAGCAGCAACCCGGACCUGAUCACGCGGCGCGUGCACCACUCGGUGCAGACCUUCCAGGAGGACAGCCUGCCCGUGGCGCACUCGCUGCAGGAGGUGAGCGAGCCGCUGGUCACCGCCCGCCACACGCGCAUGCAGAAGCGCAACAGCAUCGAGAUCGCCGGCCUGGCCUACGGCCUGGAGGGCGUCAAGCUGAAGGAGAGGACGGCGUCGGCCUCGGCCGCCGAGGCCCCGCCCCCCCGCGCCGCCGCCGCCGCCCCGCGCUCGGGCUCCCAGCUGGACGUCUUCCUGGAGAGGACCAAGGCGGGCGAGGAGGCGGGCGGCAGCGGGGAGGACCUGCGCUACGGGCACAAGAAGUCGCUGUCGGACGCCACCAUGCUGGUGCACAGCAGCGGCGAGGACGAGGAGCCGGAGGACGAGAGCGGGAGGCACACGCCGCGCUCCCAGGACGCCCCCGCCGAGGCCCUGCCCGCCUACCCCUACGGCCCCGCCCUGGACCCCGCCCUGGCCAGCGCCCUCACCUACCAGCCGCACCUGCUGCUCCGCGAGCAGGAGACGGACUGGGUGCUGGUGGACGGGCGGCCCCAGAGGAGGGAGGGGAACGCCAUGGCGCCCUCCGUCUCCGAGAGCAACCUGAGCGGCCCCGUCCGGCCCAGGCCCAAGAGGGACCCCAACAAGAAGAGGCCCGUUUCAGACGGGCCCCCUGGCAAGAGGAACCCGCUGGAGGGCCUCCCUCCUACAGGGGGCAUGAAGAAGGGAACGCGACCAGACUUCAAGAAGAUGGGCCCGCUCAAGGUGGCGGCGCUCAACGGCCUGGCGCACUCCAGGAUGCCCAUGCACGACGAGGGCAAGGACGAGCCCGAGCAGGCCUCCAACGACGAGAGGUGUAAGGUCCUGGAGCAGCGGCUGGAGCAGGGCAUGGUGUUCACCGAGUACGAGCAGGUGCCCAAGCGGCGGCCCGAAGGGGACUGGUCCACCGCCCUGCUCCCCGAGAGCGGCGAGAGGAACCGCUUCCAGGACGUCCUGCCCUACGACGACACGCGCGUGGAGCUGGUGCCCACCAAGGAGAACAACACGGGCUACAUCAACGCCUCGCACAUCAGGGUCACUGUGGGCGGGGAGGAGUGGAGCUACAUCGCCUCCCAGGGGCCACUCAGCAACACCUGCCAGGACUUCUGGCAGAUGGUGUGGGAACAGGGCGUGGCCAUCAUCGCCAUGGUUACUGCUGAGGAGGAGGGGGGCAGGGAGAAGAGCUUCCGCUACUGGCCCCGCCUGGGCUCGCGGCACAACACGGUCACGUACGGCCGCUUCAAGAUCACCACGCGCUUCCGCACGGACUCGGGCUGCUACGCCACCACGGGCCUGAAGAUCAAGCACCUGCUGACGGGGCAGGAGCGCACCGUCUGGCACCUGCAGUACACCGACUGGCCCGACCACGGCUGCCCCGAGGACUUCAAGGGCUUCCUGGCGUACCUGGAGGAGAUCCAGUCCGUGAGGAGGCACACAAACAGCACCACAGACCCAAAGAUCAACAACCUGCCGGUUCUGGUCCACUGCAGUGCAGGAGUGGGUCGCACCGGAGUGGUGAUCCUGUCGGAAAUCAUGAUCGCUUGUUUGGAACAUAACGAGAUGCUGGACGUCCCGACGGCUCUGAACAUGCUACGGCAGCAGCGCAUGAUGAUGGUGCAGACCAUUUCACAGUACACCUUCGUUUACAAAGUGCUCAUUCAGUUCCUGAAGAACUCCAGACUCAUAUGAGCCUGUCAUUUACGCGGGCACGUUUGGCCUGAGCUGAGGACCCGAGGCGUGUGUGUGUGUGUGUGUGUGUGUGAGACACAGUCAGCUGUGGUCCCUGCUUCCCCGCCUGCCACCAGAUCACCUAUCCUCUGCUUGUGUGACUCUGAGACAGUGGUGGGCAACGGUGGAUCAGUGGUGCUGGUCUUUUUACAGCCAAUAGCCCACUGAAUCGUACUAAGUAUUAGCGGAAGGAAUAGACCUGGAAGGAGAAUAAGGCCUAAAUGAAGGAACUGCAGCGCGCUAGCUAGCGAACACAUCACCAAUGUGUUACCUCUCGACAGUGUUAUAUAGAAAUUUUGCUGUGGGGUUUUACACUAAAAGCUUAUUUUACAAAUCCAUGAAAUAUCCCAGCACUUUUUCUUUGGCUGUAUAUAGCAACGAAUGUUUUUAAAGCCGCUCGUAUACGAUCAAUGUGUAACACUAUCGAUCGCGGCACUGUUUUUAUUACUGGUAUUUUUGUAGAUUUCUUUUUUUCAGUUUUAGCUACGAGGAAACGCGUGAGCAAAAUUAGGUCAUCGGGGAGAAGGAAUGGAAUGGAAUGAUGGUGAAGAUAAAUGUUCGAGUGAAGAAGGGUGUGGCAGUUUGUUUCAGAAGUAUGCAGUGUGCACUGAAUCUGAGAAAUAUAGGAUAGUAACACUAAAAAAAGACUUUGGGUUUAUGUUAUCUACAUCUUUAUAUAUAUUUUCAGUUUUCUGUUUAACAGGAAGAAAUUCAAUUAUUCCUUUAAAUUAUGGGAAAUUAUUAUUGGAGCAAUACACUGAUGUCUGAAGAUAUGAAUAAAAUGUCACUGUUAUA